AUGGCCGCCGCCACAGCCAUGGCUCUCGAUCCGAAACCCCUCCCAUCCGAACCACCACCGACGCGCCACAAGCUUGAAAUCGACCCGUCCGCAGCCGCCGCGGACGCCGAAGACGAUCUCUACUCCAGACUCAAAUCUCUGCAGCGCCAGAUCGAGUUUAUCGAUAUACAGGAGGAGUAUGUCAAGGACGAGCUGAAGAACCUCCGGCGCGAGCUUCUGCGGUCGCAGGAGGAGGUGAAGAGGAUCCAAUCGGUCCCGCUGGUCAUUGGCCAGUUCAUGGAGAUGAUAGAUCAGAACAACGCCAUAGUCGGGUCCACAACCGGUUCGAAUUACUAUGUUCGGAUCCUGAGCACAAUCAACCGCGAGCUCCUCAAGCCCUCCGCCUCCGUUGCGCUUCACCGUCACUCGAACGCCCUUGUUGAUGUCCUCCCGCCUGAGGCCGACUCCAGUAUCUCGCUCCUAAGCCAGUCGGAGAAGCCCGAUGUUACUUAUAAUGAUAUUGGAGGAUGUGACAUUCAAAAGCAAGAAAUACGAGAAGCUGUGGAGUUGCCCUUAACUCAUCAUGAGCUGUACCAACAGAUCGGCAUAGAUCCUCCUCGCGGUGUCUUGCUCUAUGGCCCACCUGGAACCGGGAAGACCAUGCUUGCAAAAGCUGUCGCUCAUCACACUACUGCAGCCUUUAUUAGAGUUGUUGGUUCAGAGUUUGUUCAGAAGUACUUGGGAGAGGGUCCACGAAUGGUCCGUGAUGUUUUCCGUCUCGCAAAAGAAAAUGCACCUGCCAUUAUUUUCAUCGAUGAGGUAGAUGCGAUUGCUACUGCUAGGUUUGAUGCUCAAACUGGAGCUGACAGAGAGGUUCAGAGAAUUCUCAUGGAAUUGCUUAAUCAGAUGGAUGGAUUUGACCAGACAGUUAAUGUGAAGGUUAUCAUGGCAACAAAUAGGGCCGACACUUUGGAUCCUGCCCUUCUCCGUCCUGGAAGACUUGAUCGUAAGAUUGAGUUCCCUUUGCCAGAUAGGCGUCAAAAGAGACUUGUCUUUCAGGUCUGCACUGCUAAAAUGAACUUGAGCGAUGAGGUGGAUUUGGAGGACUACGUCUCUCGUCCAGACAAAAUUAGUGCUGCUGAGAUUGCGGCUAUAUGCCAGGAAGCAGGUAUGCUUGCAGUUAGGAAGAACCGGUAUGUAAUACUCCCCAAAGAUUUCGAGAAGGGUUACAGGUCCAACGUGAAGAAACCCGACACUGAUUUUGAAUUCUACAAGUGA